AUGUAUAAUUCCAAUCAUAAUCCCGCAUCAGAAACAACUCGUCUUAAUCCUGGUAAACCAAUGGCAAUAAAUCUUACUUCUUAUACUGUAUGUCAUCCACAAGAAUUAUAUUUAGACAAUCUAGUUAUACAAUAUCAUAACAAAUUUACUUCUAAAGAGUCUCAAGCAUGUUUUCUUAUUGAAAAUCUUGAUGGUGGAUCAUGGUGGUCAUAUGUAACGCAUGAAUUUGCUGAAAUUCUUACUCAUUUAAAGCAACUUAGUAUUGAAUCAAAUAUAACAUAUCUACCUUUUCCUGAACAAACCAAACUUACGCUUCAAACAAAUCUAAAGAAAUAUUUUUUAAAUGCUUGUGAUAUUGAUACAACACUUCCAAAAGAAAAACAACGACCAAUUAUUAUUCUUCUAUGGGAUAUCAAUCGACUUUUAUGGCAUCGAAUGCGUCGACAAUGGGAGGAUUUAUUAUCCACAACUCGAACACGUCUUAUAGUUUUCGUAGAUGAUCUACAUUUUACAUCAAAAUUAAUGUUUACUAGUCGACAAUUCAUAUUUCAAUCUGUAGCAACAGAAAUUCUUGCAACAUAUCCAUAUCUUUUUCAGAAUUAUUAUACAGAUAUAUCACCAAGUAAAAUCAUUUGGGUACCACAUGCAGCAUCAACGCUAACAAAUCGUACAAUAAAUGAAACGGCUGAAAAUGUUCUUUUUGUCUCAGGUGCAAGUAUGCGUGAUUGGUAUCCAUGUCGUGCACAUGGAUUUGAUGUUUGUCGUAAGCGGAAAGAUCUAGCAUCUUGUUUAAAACAUCCUGGCUAUGGUCCAACAAUGAUGAAGAGUGAUUCAUAUUACUAUGGUGGUGAAAGAUAUUUUUCUUAUAUGAGAAAAUAUGUAUUUGGUCUUGGUACAUGUGUAUCCGUACAUUAUGCUAUAGCAAAAUUAUUUGAAAUACCAGCCAAUGGUCUUGUACUUGUAACAACAGAUGAUAUGGUACCUAUACUUAAAAGUCUUCAUCUUAAUCAAGAUGAACAUUUUCUAACUAUUAAUUGUUCAUCAAUUAGUAGUCUAAAGAAUGAAAUUAUUCGUAUACAAAAUAUGUCGAAAGAAAAUCUAACUCAGAUAAGACAAAAAAGUCAAGAGAUUGUAUAUCAACGACAUUUAACAAAACAUCGUGCUGAAUUAAUACAUGUUCGUCUAUUGUCUCAAGCAUUACUUGCUACACCUGCCCCUGCUGAAGGCAAUAUACAAUGGGAGCAAUGGGGACGGAACUGUCGUUAG